AUGGACAAUCACCCUCAGCCGAAGCUGGGGAUGCAGCCGGAGAAUCGGAUGCUGAUGGCGAACGUGUGGUACCCGGCAGCGGUGGGGGUGGAGGGCGAGGAGGGCGAGGAGGGCGGCGGCGGGGGCGAGGGGGGUAUCGCGUCCGAGCCGCGUUGGCGCGACGACUUGGACGACGUCGCGACGGCGUCGCUGUUUUCAUUCGCCGGCGCGACGGGCGGGAAAGCCCUCGCGGCGCGAAGAAGUAAGCAGCAGAAGAAGCGCAACAAGAACAAGAGGGCGCACUGGCUCGACCCGAAGAUGGCGUCGACGCUCGCGGAGAGCUUCGCGAUGCCGGCGUGGAUCGUGAAUUAUUUCCGCCUCGUGAAGAUGGAGGCGAUCGAGGACGCGAACGUCGCGGACCCGCCGCCGGUCGCUGACGCUGACGUGUCGUCACCCACGGGCGACACGUCACCGUCCGACGCGGCGGCGGCCAAUACUCAAUGGAGCGGCGGGUUCCCCGUGGUCCUCUUCAGCCACUCGUUCACCGGGAUGAAGGAGCAGAACAGCGCGCUGCUGCAAGAGCUCGCGAGCUGGGGGCACGUCGUCGUCGCCGUGGACCACCCGCACGACGCGGCGUUGGUCCUGUACCCCGACGGCAGCACCGCGGACUUCCGCGGGUACGACAUGCCGAGAGAGUCCGAGCCUCGCAACUGGUGGCGGUUCCGGCACGAGCACGCGCGAUGGAGGGCGUUGGACCUCGCGCACGCGCUCGAGAGGGUGGUGGACGCCGCGGGCGAUCCGGCGUCGCCGUUGCAUCGCAAGAUCGACCUGACGCGGGUGUGCGCGCUGGGGCACUCGUUCGGCGGCGCCGCGGCGGUGAUGCUCGCGCAGAUGGACCCGCGCAUCACGUCCGCGGUGCUGUUGGAUCCGUGGAUGUGGCCGCUCGGGAGGGAGGCGACGGAGAUGGGCGUGCCGUGCCCGUGCGUCGUGUUGGAAGCGCCCGAGUUUCUGUGGAACCGCGACAUCUUCUGCGUGACCAACGGGGAGAUGUCGUCGUUGCUGUGCGCGGCGACGGCGCCGCAGGCGCUCCGCGGCGGUGGGAAGCGCGCCGUGGGGGGCGGCGGGGUAUCUCGCCGCAGACGCGACGGGACGCUGGCGCCGAAGGCGGCGGCGGCGGAGACGGAGGACAAAGAAGAGGUCGUCGUGUCGCUGGAGGACGACGACGACGGCGGCGGAUUCGGCGGCGGAUUCGGCUCCACGGAGAAGACGACGGGAUCCGACGACGACGAGAUCGCCGCCGACCACCCGGACGACGAGAUGAACCGCGUCGGGUCCGGGUCGUUCGUCACCGACAGCGUCGAGGGCUUCGCCGGCGUCGGAUUUUACAGCGAGGAUGGGUUCUACGCGCGCUCCGACCCGCCGACGUCGCCGCGGAGUCUGCGCGCGGGCGCGCUGUCGCGGCCGCAGCACCCGCGAACCGGCAGCAGCGAGAACCUCGCGUCUCUGCUUCAAUCGCACUCGAGGAGUCUCGGCGGGAGCGUCGGGUCGUCGUCGCUCGACGGCGCGCUCUCCGACUCCGCGCCGACGACCCCGGACGCCGCCGCAUUCGCCGGCGGCGAGUCGUCGACCGGCGGCGGCGCGAGCCCGAGGGACGGAGGGCUCCCGCCUCGGCACCCGAGCGGCGGGACGCUCACCCGCUUCGGGUCGUCUUCGUCGCGAGAGAGCGCCUUGUGCGACGCCGGGCCGACGACGCGACAGGACGCGUCGACGACGGAGGGAUCGGCACCCUCGGCACCCUCGGCACCCUCGGCACCCUCGGCACCCUCGGCACCCUCCGGCAUGGGCGCGCGGACGUCGUCGUGGGGCUCGCUCGCCGCGCCGUUUCGCCGCGCGCGCAGCGACAGCGGCGGCAGCUUCGCGUCCACCGCCGACCUCGGCGGAUCGAUCAUGCAGCGCGACCCGAGCGGCAUCGCGUUCAAGGCGGUGUUGAACGGGACGAUGCACUUCGACUUCACCGACCUCGCGGUCGUCGCGCCGCUGACGACGACGAUGCUCGGCAUCGUCGGCGUCGGGGGAAGAGACGUCCACGACAUCAUGUCCGCCGCGGUGUUGCGGUUCUUGCGGCAGUUUAAUCAUCCGCGCGCGGUGGACGCGGCGUCGCCGCCGGCGCCCGAGCUGGAACGUCUGCGCGCCGGGUUGUUGUCGCACACGCCCGUGGCGAUGGUGACGCCCGCGGAGCGGUGGGGGUUCUCGGGAGGGCACCACUUCGGGCACCCGAAACUCGGCCGCGGAGGUCGCGGCGGCGGCGGCGGCGACUCCGCGAAACCGGCGCGCGGGAAGGGGCAUCACCACCACUCGCACCACGGACACGGCGCGUCGUCGUCGUCGCAUCAUCAUCAUAAUCAUCAUCAUCAUCAUCACGGUCACGGCAUUCCGCUCGGGCGUCUGAAGCUGCCGCGGAUAAAGAUCCCGAGCCACCGCGGCGACCACGCAAAAGGCCGGCGCCACGCGCGCGACUCCCACCACAGGCGGUCGUUCGACGACACGCACCUGCACGAGCUCGGGAUGGAGCUGACGCCGAUCCCAGCGAGCCCGCACCCGGGGGGCGGGACCCCGGUCAGGGAGUUCUCCCCGGAGUUGCGCGGCCGCGCGGAGGAGGAGAAGGAGGAGGAGGAGGAGGAGGAGAACGAUCUUCUUCGCGGCGUCGCAGGUCCGCGCGGGCCCGGCCCCGUCGUCGCCGUCGAAUCUGAUGAAUCCGGAUCCGCCGGGCCGGACACGCCGACGAAUUUGGACGCGUUGAGAGCAGCGUCUCCCUCCCGCGCGCCGCCGCCGCCGUCUGCCGAUAGCUGCGCGGGGAGCGUCGUCGUCGUCCCAAUCGUCGUCGCGGACCCGACCGCGGUCGCGGUCGCGGUCGGACCCGCAUCCGCGUCCUCGUCGGACGUCGCGCCGCCGGCGGAGUUUUCGUCGCCGCCGCCGGGCCCGCCGCCGCCAACGGCGUCGGUCGUCUCGACGCCGAUCGCGUCAGCGGUCGCGGCGCCGUUCGUGGACGACUCCGCGGUGAUGGCGCAAGAAGAAGAACAAGAAGAAGAAGACGCGGAGAAUGAUCGAGACCCGCCGACGCCGGCGUCGCUCCGUAAGACAGUCGCGGGCGGCGGCGGCGGCGGCGGCGACGGCGGCGACGGAGGAGGAGACCCGCGGUCGACGGAGACGCGCCGCCGCCGCCCGCCGCCGCGACCGGAGGGCGCGGCGUUGUCCCCGCGCAAGGAAAAGAAGACGCUCGCGUCCUCGCCCUCAUCACGGGCGGCGGCGGCGGGCAUCCCAGACGUGGACCCCGAGGAUCAGAUCGGGUUCUUGAGCCCGACGAGGAAGAAUUUGAGCGGCGGCGGCGCCUCGCGUCUCGCGCGAACCUCCUCGCAGGGCAGCCUCAGCCUCGUGAGCGGCGUGAGCGGCGCGCACUCGCUCUCGUCCGUGGGGAGCGGCGCGCGGACGCCGCCGAGGUCGCCGCAGCCGCUCAUGUUCGGCGUCGUCCGACCGGCGUCAAUCAACCCCGACGGCGACGACGACGGCUUACGCGACGAGCAGAACCUCGAAAACGUCACGGUAACCAUCUCCGGGGGCGACGCGGGAGGAGACGGAGGAGGCGGAGGCGUCAGAGAGAGCUUCGGCGGCGGCGGCGACGGCGAUGGCGAUGACAUCGAGACGUUCGGGUCCGCGGGAUCGGACGCCGCCGCCGCCCGCCGCCUCGGCGUGCGGCGGCGCGUCAUGGAGGUGGCCACGGGCGCGGCGGCGAUGGUCCCGAUGCUCGGGUCGCCGCCGCGAUCGCCGCGGCCGUCCUUCUCCGCGUCGACGUCGUCGUCGCGCGGAGGACCCGGACCCGGACCCGGACCAGGACUCGGGCUCGUCGUCCUGGACGAGUCGUCGCACGACCCUGAUCCUACCGUCGUGGAGGCGCGGCCGCGGCUCGUGAAGUGGGUGAAGAGCGACGAAUGGAUCAGCGACGACGCGCGGGAAUGGACAGAGGAGCAGCGUCGGGAGAUGCGUUGGCUGAUCCACGAGAGCGAUCGACACGAUAAGCCGCUGCAGCCGUCCGACCUCGUCGCGAUGUUCCCGAGCUUCAGCGCGCGGGCGAUCGAGCGGAUGAUGACGGAGGAGAGGGCGACGAUCGAGUCGCAUCCGACGCCGAAGCCGCUGACGUGGCUGUCGCAGUAUCCGCUGGAGGACGACGGCGACGGCGGCGGAUCAGGUGGGGGCGGGGACGGGGCGGGGGUCGGAGCGCGCGACGACGCGGCGGCGUAG